AUGAUGAUCGACCUUCAUACAAGACAGGAAAAACCGAACUGAUAAAUAAUAAUGAUUAUGUUAAUAUAUAGAAGGGGAAUUAUAUGGUUUAUAAACCAAUAGAAAACAACCUGAAUACUUUUUAUUUUUAUGCAUAAGUAACUUUAGUCUGUAGUUUGAUCACACAUGAAAUAAAAGACAUUGCCCAUCUCUAAAUGAAACAUUUAACGAUAACAAUAUUAUUUUAACAAUACUCAUAGAAUGAUAAGAAUUAUUAUAUUAGCUGAAACUUGUAUAUUUUAAUAGGAUUUAAAAUUUAAACAACAAUAAUCGUGAUAAGAGUAGACAACGAUAAGCUACGAAAUGAAAACUCCAAUCAUCCCAGCAGUAUCCAUUUGAUUGUGACUAACCUAAGCAGAUUGAUGAGUAACAUAAAUUUACACAAUAUAAUGAAUAUGUCAAACAGAAGAUCCAACUGUCACUUGGAUUGAAGUGAAAAAAAUUAUCUUCUAUCUGAUUAUUUUACUCGAGUUCGGUUCAAUGCCACUUGGUAGAAGUAGAAGCAAUAAACCUGCAAUAAAAUGAUAAUUGACGAAAUUGGAGUCAAGGACGAGUCAUUUACUCCAUCGAAAAGGUCUACAGUUGAUAUCGAGUCUUUUGGAUACGAGAGAGGAACUGAAAUGUUUAGAAAUGAGUACAGGAAAAGCCGAAAAUUAUCUCGGUACAACUCGGCUCUUAAAAAUCUUAUUCCAAUUCGUUUGGGUAAAACUUCUGAUGGCGAAAUGCCAAUUGACAAGGCCGGAUUUUUUUCAACCAUAUCCUUUUCAUGGAUAACUAAAUACUUAUUGAUAUCAAAUCAGAAAGGGAUUACCCUAGAUGAUUUGCCAAAGCCUUCGCCACAUGAUACAGCUGAUCUCAACGCAAAGAGACUAGAAGCUUUGUGGAAUGAUGAAGUUAUGAGAAAUAGUUUAACAGGAGCUUCAUUUUCUCGAGCAGCUUGGAAAUUUAUUCGUACUAGAAUAUUUAUGGCUUCACUUAUGUUUGGUUCUUCUGCUAUUCUGGGUUUUCUUGGGCCUGCAAUAGUAAUGAGAAAGUUAUUAGAACACAUAGAGUCUCCAGAGGGAUCAGUAUACUCUGGAAUAAUGUGGAUAUUUUUACUGAUGAUCUCAGAUUUAUUGAGAGUAACAUUUUUUAGCUGGGGCUGGAGCGCGUGUUACAGAACUGGUUUAAGAAUGAAAUCAGCAUUUAUAAGUGUAAUGUACAGAAAACUUAUAAAAACAAGUAAUUUAAGUAAUCAAAAUUCUGGCAAAUUAAUCAAUAUGAUGUCUAAUGAUAGUCAAGCUGUAUACGAUCUCUGUAUCUAUACUCCAAUGAUAAUUGCUGGUCCUAUUAUAACAAUUUUAAUAAUUAUAUAUAUUCUAUUUGUUUUGAGUCCUCUUGCUCUUUCAGGAUUUUUAUUUUUCUUUUGUUUCUAUCCGUUACAGUAUUUAAUUUCUUGUCUCAAUGGCUACUUUAGAAAACGAAGUAUUAUCAUGUCUGAUCAGAGAGUCUCUGCAGUUAAUGAAAUUUUCAAUUGUAUUAAAUUAAUUAAAAUGUAUGCAUGGGAGGAUCCUUUUAGUUUGAAUCUCCUAGAACUUCGAAAUAAAGAAAAAUCCUGGCUUGAAAAAAUGUGUAUAACUCGAAGCUAUGGUUCAUCUUUGACUGUUACGAUUCCAAUUAUUGCAGCAAUAAUUAGUUUCUUAGUUCAUGUUGCUGGGGGAUAUAGUUUAACUGCUGCGCAGGUAUUUCCAUUUGUAUUACUGUUAAAUUCGCAGACUCGGCAUAUGAUAUCUUUUUUUGAGGUGGCUAUAACAACAGUCGUUAAUACAAGAGUAUCUUUCGCUAGAAUAAAGAGUGUAAUGAGUAUGGAAGAAAACAAUAACUUCAUUCAAAAACCCAUUGUCAAAAGUCAAGCGUUAUCUAUUAUGAAUGGAACGUUUGUGUGUGACGUUGAUUCUUGCAAUCUAAAGUCUGCAGAGAAAAAAAAAAAGCGAAAACUAAACAAAGAUGACUUGGAGAAAAAUGAACUGGAGUUCUUGAUGCCAAAACGUAUUGAAAUUUUAAGUGACAUUAAUUUUGAAGCUGCUAAAUCAAAAUUAAUUGGUAUUUGUGGUCACGUCGGAAGUGGUAAAAGUAGUCUUCUAAGAGCUGCUCUAGGUCAAAUACGUAUAACUAAUGGAAAAAUAUCAAGGGAUGGCAGUUGCGCUUACGUUAGCCAGCAAGCCUGGAUUCAAAAUGCAACUUUUAGAGAUAAUAUUUUAUUUGGCCAUAAAUUUGAUUCACAUCGUUAUUACACAGCAAUAGAUGUGUGCUGUUUGCAAGAAGACAUUGACUCUCUUCCUGCUGCCGAUGAAACGGAAAUUGGUGAGAGAGGUGUUAAUUUGUCAGGUGGACAAAAACAAAGAGUAGCACUCGCCCGUGCUUAUUAUGCUAAUCAAGACAUUUACUUCCUGGAUGAUCCACUGAGUGCAGUAGACAUUAAUGUUGGAUGGUAUAUAUUUGAAAAUUUAAUUCAAAGAGCUUUAAAAGAUAAAUGUGUUAUUCUUGUUACUCAUCAAAUUCCAUAUCUUAGUCGUUGUGAUCAAAUAUAUAUGAUGAGUAAUGGACGAAUUGUUGAACAAGGUGACCAUGUAUCACUGAUGCAAGCUGGUAAAGAGUAUGCUUCUAUGGUUAAAAGUGAUAAAUCAAUGAUGACAAACUCUAUUUCGAAUAAUAACAAAGAAAUUUAUGAUAAAUUGUCAAAAAUGUAUGAUAAUUCCAACACCUUAACUCUCAAACAAGACAGUCAAAAUGAGGGGAGAGAUCAGCAGAAAGAGGAAGAUGAAGAAACAAUUGAUGGUACUCUUAUUGAGCCAGAGUACAUGGAAACAGGAUCAAUAAAAAGGCAUACGUAUCUUCUUUAUAUCGGAGCGAUGGGAGGUUUUCUUAUAGCUAUUAUUGUGCUAAUUAACGUUUUCUUAAAUACGAGUUGUAUAUUAUUCAGCAGUUGGUGGUUAGCUACUUGGAUCAAAGCUGGUAGUGGAGGACAGACAAUUACUGUUGGCAAUGAAACGGUUGUAUCAAAUAAUAUUAUUGAUAAUCCUGAUAUAGGAUAUUAUCAAGCUGUUUAUGCAGCAUGUAUUUUAGCUAUUUUAGGGUCCAGUCUUCUUCGCGGAUUUGUAUUAACUCGCGUUGCGUUAAUAGCAUCUACAACAUUGCACAAUAGAUUAUUUAAGAAAAUAAUGAGUACGACGAUGCAAUUUUUUGAAACAACACCAAAAGGGCGAUUGCAAAAUAUAUUUAGUCGUGAUAUCGGUGAAUUGGAUGGUCAGUUACCGAUAAAUAUUGAAAAUUCUUUGAAUAGUAUUUUUCAUGGUGUAUUAAAUGUAUUGAUGGUUUGUGUAAUACUUCCGUAUUUGACUAUACCGUUUAUACUUUUGAGUGUUUUAUUUUAUUUCGUUUCUAAACUAUUUAGAAAAACUUUAAGAGAUUUACAACGUCAUGAAAAUACAUCCAAGUCGCCGAUUUUUAGUUUUGCAACAGCUACUCUUCAAGGACUUGAUACUAUUCAUGCUUUUAAAAAGGAAACACAAUUUAUAGAAAAAUUUUAUGAGUAUAUUGAUCUUAAUGGUACGUGUGAAUUCUUGUCAUCUGUUUUACUCCGUUGGGCUGCAAUAAGAUUUGACAUUUUAACUAUCAUUGCGUAUGUAUGUACUGGAUUUACAGUAGUUUUAUUAAAAGGUAAUAUAUCGCCCGCAAUGGCAGGGCUUGCGUUAUCUUUUUGUGGUCAAAUGACAGGAUUUUUACAGUAUACAAUAAGAUUAUUAUCCAUUACGGAACUUAAAUUUAUCAGCGUUGAGAGAAUGAGUUUUUAUUUAAGAACUUUGAAAAGUGAAGAUGAAUAUACGAAAAUAUCGACGUCAUUAAAACCUUAUGAUUGGCCGCAAAACGGAGCCAUCGAAUUUAGAAAUGUCGUAUUAAGAUAUCGAAAGAAUACUCCGAUCAUAUUACAUAAUAUAUCAUUUAAUGCAGUAGCUGGCGAAAAAUUAGGAAUCGUUGGCCGAACUGGUUCAGGAAAAAGUUCCCUUAUUACAGCAUUAUUUAGACUAGUCGAAAUAUCGGAUGGUUAUAUAAAAAUAGAUGGAAGUGAUGUGACGACAAUAAGUUUAAGUAAACUGAGAAGUAAAUUAUCAAUAAUACCCCAAGAUCCAAUAAUAUUUAAUGGGUCAAUAAGAUACAAUUUGGACCCGUGGAACGUUAAAACCGAUGAAGAACUUUGGUCAGCUCUUGAAAAAACAAAAUUAAAAAAUAAAGUUAUAACAAUGCCAGGACAAUUAAAUGCAUUUGUUGAUUCUGGUGGAUCAAAUAUGAGUAUGGGUGAACGACAAUUACUCUGCUUAGCGCGUGUUCUUUUACGUAAAAAUAAAAUUAUUAUUUUGGACGAGGCUACAGCUUCAGUGGAUCCUAUAACCGAGUCUAUUGUACAAACGACAAUACAAGAAGAGUUUUCUGAUUGCACAAUAAUGAUAAUUGCUCAUAGAUUACAAAAUGUUUUAUCUUGUGAUAGAAUUCUUGUAAUGGAAAAUGGUAAAAUCCUUGAGUUUGAUACUCCGAGUAAAUUACUAGAUAACCCAGACUCAGAGUUUUCAAAAAUGAUCGCUGCAGCUGAUAAAAAAAAUAGUAAUUAUUGAUUUUUAUAUUAAUGUGAUUCAAUUAUAUUUCAUAAUCAAAAUAUAUUUUGUUGUUAUACAAUUAUGUAUCAUAAUUAAAGAACUGCAUACAAGUUUAUAUUUUGUACAAACUAAAUGUUAAUAUACUAAAGAAUAUAUAUUAAA